AUGAGCACCGUGUGCGCGCACAGAAGCAGACCCAGCAGACCCGUCUCCAACGCCACCAUCAAGAACAAGAUGAAGAGGUCGACGGAGACCCUGAGGAAGAAAAAGGGGUCGACGAACAAGUCCUUCAAGUUCAGCAAGAACAAUCCAGCGUACUGCGAGGGAAGCAGAAUUGCUAACAAGAAAGGGAAGCAGGAGGAGGAGAAGAAGAAGGAGGAGCAGGGGGGGAAGGCACUAAAGUGUAAGAGGUCAAAAAUGGGAGAAAGGGGAUUAACUAAGAGUAUGAAAAAAAGCAAAGAUAGCAACACGCAUGAGAAUUCGCAUGAGAAUUCGCAUGAAAAUACGCACCAAAAUACGCACCAAAAUACGCACCAAAAUACGCAUGAGAGUACGCAUCAAAAUACGCAUCAAAGUACGCAUGCACACCACCCCCACCAUGCACUAAAACCAGGCAACAGUGAAAAUUUUAAAUUCUCAAGAAAGGGGUUCAUUUUAAGCUUUACAGGAAACCUGCAGGACUUUUACAACCUCUCCGAAGAGCCCCUAGGCAAGGGUACCUACGGAGCCGUCUACAAAGCGACAGACAAACUGCUCAAAAUUCAGAGAGCCGUCAAAGUGGUAUCCAAGAAGAAGUUAAAGAAUGUACACAGAUUUAGACAAGAAAUAGACAUCAUGAAAAAUCUAGACCAUCCUAAUGUGAUAAAAUUGCUAGAGACGUUUGAAGAUAGCAAGCAGAUUUACUUGGUGAUGGAGUUAUGCACAGGAGGAGAGUUGUUCGAUCGAAUUGUAAAAAAAGGACCCUUCUCUGAAAUGUACACGUCCUUUAUCAUGAAGCAGAUUUUCUCGGUUCUUAACUACCUGCACAUUAGGAAUAUAUGUCACCGAGAUUUGAAGCCGGAGAAUUUUUUAUUUUUCGAUAAGUCUCCAGAAUCGCUAAUCAAGGUGAUUGACUUUGGCUUGGCUUCCUACUUCAGUGACACGAACGCGGAGAUGAAGACGAAGGCCGGGACCCCCUACUACGUCGCCCCGCAGGUGCUAGCUGGCCGCUACGACUACAAGUGCGACUUGUGGUCCGCCGGCGUGCUGUUCUACAUCCUGUUGUGCGGCUACCCCCCCUUCUACGGCGAGAGCGACCACGAGAUACUCACCAGGGUCAAAAGCGGGAAGUUCAACUUCAAGGGCAAGGAAUGGGCCCACGUGACGGAAGAGGCCAGGGACCUCAUCAAGCGCUGCCUAACCAUGGACCCUCAAAAACGAACGACUGCCAGCGAAGCACUCAGACACCCCUGGUUUAAGAAAAAUCCGAGCACCUUCAACCUGGACUUUAAAAUGGAUAUCCACGUUCUGGAAAAUUUUAAGAAUUAUGCCCUUAUGCUACGUUUCCAGAAGCUAGCCAUGACGAUUAUUGCUCAACAGAGCAACGACUACGACGUGCAGCAGCUGAAGGCGUCAUUUCUACACUUGGAUGAAGAAGGAAAAGGGAACAUAACAAAGGUGCAGCUGCGGAAGGGUUUGGAGAAGAGCGGCUUGAUGUUGCCCCCGAAUUUUGAUUUGCUCCUGGAUCAGAUAGACAGCGACGGAAGCGGAAACAUUGACUAUACGGAGUUCUUGGCGGCCGCGAUUGACAGGCGGCAGCUCUCGAAGAAGCUCAUUUACUGCGCCUUCCGCGUCUUCGAUGUGGACAACGACGGGGAGAUUACCACCGCGGAGUUGGCUCAUAUUCUUUUCAACGGAAACAAAAGAGGAAACAUCACAGAGAGAGACGUCAACCAAGUUAAGAAAAUGAUCCGUGAGGUGGACAAAAACGGUGACGGGAAGAUCGACUUUUACGAGUUUUCCGAAAUGAUGAAGUUGACGUUCUAG